AUGAUAGCUUUAACUUCUUCAAGGUAAUAAAAAAUAAAUAAAUUUAGGCUUAUUAGUCCAAGAUAAAAUUUUUAGUUAAAAUAUACCAAAAGUAUAUCAAAAGAAACUAAAUAUCGUCUUAGAACGGCUAGAUAUAAUAAAUUAGAAAGAUUUAUUAUAUAAAAACAUCAUCCAGAUGAAAUUAAAAAAUGUAAUACUAGUUGUCAUUGUAAUUCUUGUGGGAAAAUGAGUGCGUUUUAAAUAAAAGUUUGGAGAUAAACACCUUCAUAUGAAUCUGUGUAAAAUAUCAAAAAUUCAAUUGAUUAUAGUUUUUCUAGGCGAAAAAGAGUUUUUAAACGCUUUAGAAUAGCAGGCUAUGCUGUUUAAUUCUUAGUUUUUUACAAGGCUGAAUAGAUUAAAAAAUUGAAAAGAUAAAAAUAAAUGUAAUAAUUUCUUAGAAAUCCUUUGAUAAUUACUAAAAGGGGAAUGGUAGUUCAAUCAGCUAAAUCUCAUCGAUCUCCAAAAACUCCUAAACCUUCAGAAAACAAGAUUAGGUUAGGAUUAUAAUUUAUUUGGUAGAAGAAAUGCAACAGAUUAUUAUGAAAUUGAUUCUAUCCAAGAAAAAAUGUCAUUCAAUGAUCAUUUUAAUACUCAGAUAAAUUGUUAAAAUCCAAAUAUAAAAAAGAGAUAAGUUUCUGUUUAUAUGGAAGAGAUGUUGAAAAAUAUCACAAAAAAAUAAAGUAUUGGAAUGAGUCUUACUCCACUUUCAAUAAUUGUACUAAAUUUAAUAUGCUAUCAUAAUAGGAUAAAAAAUUAAAAAAGAACAAAUCAAUACCUUGUUUAACCGAAUAAAUUACCCCAAAAAAUAGUUUAGAUAAUCUGUAGCUUGAAAAGUUGUUUACUCCUUAGAAUCUUCUUUCUAAAAAAAAUCAAUCUCAUAUACAAAUAUUUCAUAAUAAAUACUCUAAUAACAACAAAGAAGUCAUAAAAAUGAUUGAUAAUCUAAAAAUAAAGCGCAGAUAAUAAAUAAGAAAAAAUUGA